CCCACCUUCGCCCGGCAGCACAUCGCAAACCUGGACAAGCAGGGCAAGCUCUACCGCGCCUACGACGGCACCACCUACCUGCCUGGCAUCGUGGGCCUCAACAACAUCAAGGCCAACGACUACGCCAACGUCGUGCUGCAGGCCCUGUCCAAUGUGCCUCCGCUGCGGAACUACUUCCUGGAGGAGGAGAACUACCGCGGGAUCCGGCGCCCGCCGGGCGACAUCAUGUUCCUGCUGGUGCAGCGUUUCGGGGAGCUGAUGCGCAAGCUGUGGAACCCCCGGAACUUCAAGGCCCACGUGUCGCCCCACGAGAUGCUGCAGGCCGUGGUGCUGUGCAGCAAGAAGAACUUCCAGAUCACCAAGCAGGGGGAUGCCGUUGACUUUCUUUCCUGGUUCCUCAACGCUCUGCACGGUGCUCUGGGCGGCACCAAGAAGAAGCCAUCGUGCAUCACCAAGGUGUUCCAGGGUUCCAUGCGCAUCUUCUCCAAGAAGCUGCCCCACCCAGAUUUGCCGCCGGAGGAGAAGGAGGCGCUGCUCCUGAAGGAGGAGUACCAGGAGGAGAUGUCCGAGUCCACCUUCCUGUACCUGACCCUUGACCUCCCCACCGCCCCGCUGUACAAGGACGAGAAGGAGCAGCUGAUCAUCCCCCAGGUUCCGCUCUUCAACAUCCUGGGAAAGUUCAACGGCAUCACGGAGAAGGAGUACAAGACCUACAAAGAGAACUUCCUCAAGAAGUUCCAGCUGACCAAACUUCCCCCGUAUCUUAUCUUCUGCAUCAAGAGAUUCACCAAAAACAACUUCUUUGUGGAAAAAAACCCCACCAUCGUCAACUUUCCCAUCACGAACGUGGACCUGCGUGAGUACCUGACGGAAGAGGCACAGGUGACAGAAAAGAACACGACCUAUGACCUGGUGGCCAACGUGGUGCAUGAUGGGAAGCCGACGGAGGGGGCGUACAGGAUUCACGUUCUGCAUCAUGGAACUGGGAAGUGGUAUGAGCUCCAGGACCUGCAGGUGACGGACAUCCUGCCCCAGAUGAUCACGCUGUCUGAGGCCUACAUUCAGAUUUGGAAGAGGAGAGAGAGCGAAGACACUGACAACCACACGGGGGCGGGAUUUUAAGGCGACCGCCUUCUCCCCGCCACCCCCCCCCCCCCCCCCCCCGUCGAGAAAACCACCCCCCCAACAGUCACAGGCAUUCAGAUCCUCCAGAAGAGCCAGAUUACCUUGGGGGGGGGGGGGGGCAGGGAGGGUGAGCACUGGGACAGCACCCUAAAGCAGAGAUGGACAUUUGCCCCGUUUACACUGGUCGUUGUGGUUGCUGCUGGUGCACUCUCUGCUAAAUCCUUUCCAUGUCAUCUGGAUUCAUUACGUUUGUCCCUCUGACUUGUUUUUCGUUUUUACUUUUAUUAUUAUUAUUAUUUCUUUUUUUAUUACAUUGGACUGCCUCCAUUUUAAGAACAAGGUUGACCAUUAAAUAUUCCUGAUUUGCAAGGUC